AGGCCGGGCCGGGGGCGGGGCCGGCGAAUGCCCGUCCGGACCCGUCGCUCCUCCCUUAUCGGCUCCCGGCCAGCCGAGGCGGGGCGAACCUCUGCCCUGUGGCGUGGGAGUGAUUCACAGCUCCCUCCCCUUUUCGCUCAGCUUUCUCGCCACCACGUGCCCUUCUGGCCGCGCCCCCAGCUGCCCUUUCCAACUGCCUGUUGGAAGCCGCUGUAAAAUGUCGUGAGGGGAGCCGCUGCUUUACGGCUGCCUCUCCCAGACUAGAGACCCGGAGCGCCCACCGCCGUCAGCCGCGUUUCCUAGUGAGUUGGCCCCGCGGUGAGCGAGAAACCCUGCGCGUCGCAGCCCUCCCCGCUGCGCCCGUUCCUGCCCCCGGCGAUGUGAGCUCGGGGAGGCAGCGGUGCCCGCUGGCUCGGGGUUGAGACGGGCGGCAGGUGCCUGUGAGGCGGGCGGGUGCCGGGGGCCAGCAGGAUGGAGGAAAGCAUGGAAGAGGAGGAGGGGGGCAGCUACGAGGCGAUGAUGGACGACCAGAACCACAACAACUGGGAGGCCGCCUUGGACGGCUUCCGGCAACCCCCGCCACCCCCACCACCUUCCUCGUCUAUCCCGGCCCCUGCCCGAGAGCCUCCGGGGGGGCAGCUGCUGGCGGUGCCCGCGGUCUCCGUGGACAGGAAAGGCCCCAAGGAGGGGCUCCCGAUGGGUCCGCCGCCACCGCCGGAGGCCAAUGGGGUGAUCAUGAUGUUGAAGAGCUGCGACGCGGCCGCCGCCGUGGCCAAGGCGGCCCCCGCCCCCACUGCCAGCUCCACCAUCAACAUCAACACCUCCACCUCCAAGUUCUUAAUGAAUGUUAUAACUAUUGAAGAUUAUAAGAGCACAUACUGGCCAAAAUUGGAUGGUGCCAUAGAUCAGCUUUUAACUCAGAGUCCUGGUGACUAUAUCCCCAUAUCCUAUGAACAGAUAUACAGUUGUGUGUAUAAAUGUGUAUGCCAGCAGCACUCAGAACAGAUGUAUAGUGAUCUGAUUAAAAAGAUAACUAAUCACUUAGAGAGAGUCUCGAAGGAGCUGCAGAUGGGGUCUCACUCUUGUCUCCUGGGCUGGACUGCCGUGGCACAAUUGUGGCUUACUGCAGCUUUGAUCCCCCCCGGGCUCAGGCUUACAUUCCUUUGUGUCAGUCUGUUUAAAGACUUCCUGGAACUCCUGCACUCCUCAAAACAGAACAGACUAUUGGCAUUUCUUCUGUGGAUCCAUAGCAUCUCAGCAAGGUGGGGUUUUACCAUGUUGCCCAGGCUGGUCUUGAACUUCUGGACUCAAGUGAACUUCCUGCCUUGGCCUCCCAAAGUGCUGGGAUUACAGGCCAGCCCUCCAGAUCUCUAUAUUGAAAGAUUUAAUAUAGCUCUUGGACAAUAUAUGGGAGCAUUGCAGAGCAUUGUGCCUCUUUUCAUAUAUAUGAAUAAGUUUUACAUCGAAACCAAGCUUAACAGAGACUUAAAAGAUGACCUUAUAAAGCUGUUUACGGAACAUGUUGCAGAAAAGCACAUUUACAGCCUAAUGCCUUUACUUUUAGAAGCCCAGUCAACACCAUUUCAGGUCACACCUUCCACUAUGGCAAAUAUUGUGAAAGGCCUGUAUACCCUAAGACCAGAGUGGGUUCAGAUGGCUCCAACUCUAUUUUCUAAAUUUAUUCCAAAUAUUCUCCCUCCGGCCGUGGAAUCUGAACUGUCUGAAUAUGCUGCUCAAGAUCAGAAACUUCAAAGAGAACUUAUACAGAAUGGUUUUACAAGAGGUGACCAGUCCCGGAAGAGAGCUGGGGAUGAGCUGGCUUAUAACAGCUCAUCAGCAUGUGCAAGUUCCAGGGGGUACAGAUAGUGAAUGUAUUGAAUAUGCUUUCCUUCCCGAAAAGAGGACACACUGGAGCUUCAGAGACUUAUUCAGAGCACAGUGGGGCUGCACACACUCAGGAGCUCUGUCACAAAGCUGUCCGUGGAAGAGGAUAUUGGACUUCUUACUUGGUUUGUAAUUUUAAAACAAAAACAAAAAACAAAAAAAAAAAUGUUGCUGCUAGACUUGGGGGUGAUUUUGAAAUGGGACAAUCUUUUAAUGCAUUUAUCUACAGAUUCUGUGAGGAAAAAACAUCUCAGAAAGUGACCAUUUCUAAGUGAAACCUGGCAGCCAAAAUCAGCAGCUUCCUCCAAAAAUACAAGAGCAGAAGAAUCUUUUUUUUUUUUUAAGCACUUGUUUUGUUCAUUUGUGGACUUGGCAUUUCGGUGUAUUGGUUUCACACGUCAGGAUCUCUUUUGCUUUAAAACCAAGCAGAUCAUUACAAUGCAGUAUUUUUCACCCAUAACCAAAACAACCCCUUUUAAAAGAGUUGGUCUUUGUUUAGCAUUAGAAACUCUUGUUAAAGGAAAAUGCUAACUUGCUUUUGCUAGAACUUUCCCCCAUCAGUUCACAACUGUUUUCUACUCUGUGCCUUGAGCUUUGUGCACUUUGCAACUGUGUGACCAUGUUGUCAAACUCCUCCUGGAGAAAAAAUGCCUCCUGGAGAAGUGUAUGGUAUCUAAACUCACCCACUAAGAUGGCAGGUGUGACUCUGUAGCAGGAUGCUAAUUAAGUGGGAAACAGAAACCUCUUGCACAUUGGUCAGAUUUUCCCCUGGUAAACCAGAGCAUAUUCAUGUAAAUGUUGGGGACCAACUCUCAUAGAGCAUUUCCAUUCCCUCUGUCACUUAACAUGAUGUCACCAGCUGCUGUAGUAUUGGCAGCACUCUAGUUUAGGGAUGGGUAGUACUUUAGCACUGAAGCUCCCCUUAAUGUUAUUGAGAGCUACUUCUUGUGAUGCUCCAGGAAGCAGAUACAGUUAUUAAAUCCAAAUAUACUCAGUGGUGUGGGGUUUCUGAUUGCUUCAUGGUAAAUGAGUGAGAUCGUGUCAUUUGAAUAUUGUAUUUGAGUGCGAUAGGGAAGAAGAAGCACUGCUGUCCUGAGGCUCCCUUCCAGCUGUGGCAAAGCUGUAGUUUCUGUUUCUCCACAUCCACAGUGCUUUUUAGUUCUUCAUAAAAGUCUCUGAAGCUUAUUACAGCUGUUGUUGAAAGGCCAAGAAAAAUAGAUGUGGCAAGAGAAAAAUCCUUUUCUUCUCAAUGUUGCUUGAAUAUUAAUUGAGCAUAGGCUUCACUCUACUAGGCUACAUCAGACUAAUAGUAUUUACCUCUUCAGAGAACUUGCGGGGGAAAAGAAACCUCCCAGGGAUGCUGUUGCAUGUCUGGUCUGCAGCUUUUCCUACAGCUGACUGCCAGUUCAGUUUGUCAUUUUUUUCGGGGAGCGGUAUGGGGUGGGAGAGUUAGAAGUGGGAUACUGGGAGCAAGUAAGUCACCCAAUAAUAGAAGUCAUUGUUUUGCAAAACUGUUACGCAGAGAAGGUAAAGGUUGUCAGAUUUAUUUUUUAAAGUACUUAUCAACCAGAGUUGGUGGAUUUUGUGGACUUUAAUUGGAUUCAGUUCACUCUGAGCAUCCCAGAUUGCAUCGAUGAACACUGAAUUACUUAGGAACAUACACAGGCUUUCACUACGACCUGUACAGUUUGAGUUGCCACACCAGUAACAUUCUAGUAUCAAGGAGAAUUUCAUUCAUCAUGACAUUCACAUUUUACUUUUCUCAAUGGAAUGCUUGCUGCAGGCUUAUAAGUAACACCUAGAACUCAAGUCUGAGUGGUUUGAAUAAUUUUUCUAAAAGGAAUAAAACUGGAGUGUUUCUUUGAAUGUGGACAAGGUAUUCAGUAUCCUAAUAAUAUGCCCAAAUGCUUUUUCUGGGGGAGAUCAUUCUUAGAAAAUAAAUUCCCUAUUAAAGCAUUACAGUAUAAUAUGAAUUGGCAUUAAAAUCUUUGGAUGCUUUUAAGUUCAUGGAGGGAUAUUUUAUAUUCUUUUUACUACAUAUUUAUUAAGAAGUGGGCAAAGUAAAGUUUGCAAAAUUUAGUUUCUCUAAAUUUUUGCACAGUGACUGCAACUGGCUAUGGGUCAGGGCUUGGUGUAACAAAACCUUGACUGGAAGGCACUGUAGAAAGGGUGUACAUAGUCUCCCAGUGCUGGCUGCCCAUCAUCUUGGCCUCUUGAGGUAAAUCGCAGUAUGAAGGACCUGUUUGAGUUGAAAUAGACUUCACUGAUUUAUUGGGAUUCUUAAUAAAAUUGUUAGUUUGUAUUAUGAGAAGAAAUAAGAUUUCCUCCCCCUUUUCCUCAUUUUAUAUUGACAGUUUGCCAGACAGUAUUUUCUUCUGUUUUCUUGUAUUUUUUUUUCUUUUUUCCUUUUUUUUUUUGAAAUGGAGUCUUGUUCUGUCUCCCAGGCUGGAGUGCAAUGGUGCGAUCUCGGCUCACUGCAGCCUCUGCCUUCUGGGUUCAAGCAGUUCUCCAGCCUCAGCCUCCCAAGUAGCUGGGACUGUAGGCACACACCACCACGUCCGGCUAAUUUUUGCAUUUUUAGUUGAGACUGUUUCACCAUGCUGGCCAGUUCAUAAAAGUCUUGUUUCAAACUCCUGACCUCAGGUGAUCCGCCUCGGCCUCCCAAAGUACUGGAAUUACAGGCAUGAGCCACUGCACCUGGCUUGUUUUCUUGUAUUCUUGCUAGUAUAUGGUUUUUCUACCCUAACUACAUACGGGCUUUUGUACUACAUCACUAAAGGCUCAAACCAUUUGAAGAUGGAAACUUGUACAUUUAGGCUGAUUGUCUGGUUAGCCAACACAUGGCUGAUUUGCUUAAACUGACAGUAUGUAUGUGCAGCCUCCAACUAAAUCCUUAAAAGGAAAGACAGGUUAGUUAUCUUGAACGAAUGACAUGUGGCUGGGCAUGGUAGCUCACACCUGUAAUCCCAGCACUUUGGGAGACUGAGGUGAGUGGAUCACAAGGUCGGGAGAUCAAGACCAGCCUGGCCAACAUGGUGAAACUCUGUCUCUACUAAAAAUACAAAAAUUAGCUGGGCGUGGUGGCAUGCACGUAUAGUCCCAGCUACUCGGGAGGCUGAAGCAAGAGAAUCACUUGAACCCAGGAGGCAGAGGUUACAGCGAGCCAAGAUCGUGCCACUGCACUCCAACCUGACAAUAGAGCGAAACUCCAUCUCAAAAAAUAAAUAAAUAACUAAAAGUAGAGAUGGUACGUAUUUUAAAGGUUGGCCUUAAGCUUCAGUAACAUUGUCAUUUCGUGACCUUUGUUGUCACAGCUGUACCCUAACCUAACAGGAAUUACUACUUUGUUUUUUUGUGGGGCAGAAAACAAAACCUGGUGUUGUGACUCUGAGCCUGAUAGUUCUUAGGCAAGGUUAGUAAGAACAGACACAAACCCCGAUGCAUGGAUUGUGCAUUAUUUUGUAGACAAGUUACCUUUCUUCUGUCCCUUUAACAAAUUUGCAGCAAUUACCCUCCCUUUCUUUGGGGUUCAGGGUGAAAGCUAAUUUGUGGGUAGAUGAGAUUGCAGAAGAAAGGACUCCAUGGGGUGAAUACUGCACAUCCGUCACCAGUGCUCAGACCUGUGCAGCUACAACUCCCCUGCUGCAUGACAUGCUGUCGGGUUGCGGAUUUGCACACAUAAAUUCCUCAGGAAGAGUUUGCAUGUGCAUCACCUCGCAUUAAUCUGUACCGACCGAACAAGGGAUUUGAAUGUUUUUCAGCACAAAAGGAUGACUUCCGAGUAGUGGUCUGUACGUGUACUAGCAAAGGCAAUGGUGAUCUGGCAAACUAAAUUGGUUUCUGCAGCUGUAAUUGAGCAGGAGCACUUGUAUUAUAGUAUUUAAAUAAUCCUGGUUAAUCUCUCUUUAAGCAGAGUAACCCUUCCAGAUUUUGUCUUUUUAUUAUUGAGUCUGGUUGUAUUUCCUUCUACUUUCCCCCGUUUUAUAGCAGUUAAUUAUUCCUGUGAUUAUUAUGCAAGAGGCAUCGCCCUUGAGUUAAAAUUCCAUUGUUUCAUAAGCAGCUGUUAAAAUAACUGAGUAUUGUUUUAUGAACAUACACUACUCUGAGACACUGAAAAGCUUUGCAACUAAAAAGCAAAACAAAAACCCUACGUUAGUCAUCUGGCCAUUGUUUGGAUGUUUUGAGUUGUUUUUUUUAUGGUGCCUCUUUUAGCUUGGAAUAUUAUGUUUACUUUAAUCUGAGUCUAGGCCUUUUAAGGGGUCCUUAAAAUUCAAGGUCAGAAUGUGAAUCCCUUUGACAUCUGUUACAGGUUUAUAGGACCUUUUUGGUUGUGAUUACCGUUUUCAAUACGAUUGUAUAAAUGAAGUUAACUUUUGUCAGAAGUUAAAAUGGAGAAAGUUUAACUUUUGUCAAAAGUUAAAAUGGAGAAAUAGCUCUCCUAUUUCUUUCAUUACCCCAUUGAAAUUAUUCACCCCAGUUUCUGGCCACAAGAAUAUAUUGAAAGGAACUCUGUUCUUUUCCAAGACAGUAUUCCUCUCUGUCCUCACUGUUGAUUAAAGUCCCAGCCACCUUCCCUCCUCUACUGGCCAAGACCCACCUUGAACCUCUUUUCAGAGCUGAGUGGCAUAAAUACUGUACUGUUUCUGCUUCUGUUGAUGGAAUGGCUAUGGGAGAAUUAAAGGAAAUGCUAAUUUGAGCUUCAUUCUUAGGGGAAUCUAGUAUAUAUUCCAUCCCUGCUGAUUGGAAAUUAUCUUCAUCUCUGGUUAGACUGCAUCGUUUAGAAAAAUGUUAAUGGCUUACAAUUCUGAGCAAUUUAUAGGGUGGCUCUGGGGUUAAGAAUUCUGUGGUUUGAAAAAAAAUAAAUAUUUUGUAUUCUCACAUGUCAUUUCAAUGUUGUGACUAUGUACCAAAUGCAGUAAGACUGUGGGUAUUCUCAGAGUGUGUUUUGUUAAACAGACGGCAAUUUACUCUCAUUAGUCCUGUUUGUCAAUAUUACAGCCAUGCACUUCAGAUAAAUUAUUCAAAUGUGAAGUCAGGGAGAACUAUGGCUACUAACAGGAAUGCUUAUGAAAAAUUUGGAGGGCAAGCACAGGCAGGAGGCUUUUGCCACUCACUGGCACAGCUGGAGCAAGGAUGAAGCAACGAAGUCUUGUGCCUGGUGGCGCUUGUUUGUCAGAAGUCAUAGUGAGCUCCACACAGGGUGUUCUGUGUAUCACCUCAUUAAUCCAAGGAAAAAUGGUGGAUGAAACUCCUAUUGACCUGGGAUACAUAGCCACUGACUUUGGCUCUUGAUCUUUUGGUGGAUUUUGAAUUACUCCUUCUGUAUUAGGGUGUAUACUAUCACUCUAAAACAUUGUGGUAAAUGAAAUAAAUCUUGUACAGUUGUUCUUGGCCUUGUUAUGUUAUAAAGCCUGUACAGAUGUCCUUGGCCUUAAUACCUGGUUCACUGGAAAUUUGUUAUUAUAUAGAACAUUUGAUUUUGCUUAUAGCAUAUUAAUAAUGCCUCAUAAAUGAUAGCCACACCGAACACGUCUGUUACCACAGUUUCCUGCAGGGUGAGUGUUGAUCUUGGUCCAUACCAAUGCUAAAAAAACAACUGUGUAACAAUAUACAUAUGGUCAUAUCUAUUCCAUUAUUAUAGUAUGGAGGAUAUGGGUAACAGUGUAGUUGUAGUUUUUAACACUGUUACAGUUUCUUCUGUGGGCCUUUAAUCAACUUUUGGACGUAGGGUAUUUUUUUGUUUGCAUUUAUUGAUACUGUGCUUUUUUAUAACCCAUUGUGUUUUCUUGCUGUGAAAUUAGUAUCAUCCCCUGGGAUAUUUGUGACCUUCCUUUAUGGUUUUAGUUUCUCUUGCUGUCUCUCCAGAAGUGUCCUUUCCUACAGUGUUCUCAGAACGCCGGUUCUUAUCCCUCCCAUUUUUUUGACCUCAGCUCUGUUGUGAUGUAUCUACUUUUUGGUUACCACAUAUGGAAGAAUUCAGUGACUUUCUGUUUUCCUUUGCAUUUAAAUCACCUGGCAAUUUCCUUUUUCACUCCCCUUUCCCACAGCGCCAUUUAAACUUUCUUCCCUUUAGCCAGUUUGCUUUUUACUACAUACAAAACUUUUCUACUAGAACCAGCUGCAUGUGUGUGUGAAUUUUAUUUCUUCUAUUGGCCUGUUUCUCAGUAAUCCAAAAUGCUAAAAUACCUUGAAUAUCAAAAAGCAUUAUAGAAUGAAUAUCACACAUAUUAAUAGAAUCUGAGAGCAGCUAGCUUAACUAGUUGUAUUCUUGGGUUGGUUUUUUUUUUUAAAUAUGUUUCCCUUUAUUAAGCCCUUCCCCUCCCUAAAUUGUUAAGCCAGAGGGCAUAACAAUUCAAAACUAUCUAGUAAUGUACCUACAUGUCUAACAGUAUACCUCAAAAUAUAUAAAGAAAAAAAUGGCUCACACCUAUAAUCCCAGCACUUUGAGAGGCGGAGGUGGGACAAUUGCUUGGAGCCAGGAUUUGAAAACAGCUUGGGCAACAUAGACCCCAUCUCUAUGAAAUUUUUUUUUUUAAAUUUGGGUGGACAUGAUGGCUCACACCUGUAUUCCCAGCACUUUGGGAGGCUAAGAUGGGCAGAACAUUUGAAGUCAGGAGUUCAAGAUCAGCCUGGCCAAUGUGGUAAAACCCUGUCUCCACUAAAAAUACAAAAAUUAGCUGGGCAUGGUGGUGUAUGCCUGUAAUCCCAGCUACUUGGGAAGCUGAGGCAGGAGAAUUACCUGCACCUGGGAGAUGGAGGUUGCAGUGAGCUGAGAUCGCACCAUUGCACUCCAGCCUGGACGACAAGAAUGAAACACUAUUUCAGGCGGGGAAAAAAAAAAAAAGGACCAGACCACAAUGGCUCUUGCCUGUAAUCUCAAUACUUUGGGAGGCUGAGGUAUGUGGAUCACUUGAGGCCAGGAGCUUGAGACCAGCCUGGCUAACAUAGUGAAACCCUGUCUCUACUAAAAAUAUAUAAAAAAAAUUAGCCUGGCAUGGUGGCACACACCUGUAAUCCCAGCUGCUCAGGUGGCUGAGGCACAAGAAUCAGUUGAACCCAGGAAGCGGAGGUUGCAGUGGGCUGAUAUCACACCACUGCACUCCAGCCUGGGCGACAGAGUGAAAGUCGGUCUCAAAAAAAAGUUGGGCAUAGUGAUACUUGCUCAUAAUUCCAGCUACUUGGGAGGCUGAGGCAUAAGCCAGGAGAAUCGCUUGCGCUCAGGAGUUUGAGGCUGCACUGAGCUAUGAUGAUACCACUUAAUGUCAGCUAACACAACAGAGACCCUGUCUAGAAAAUAAUUUAAAAGAAAAAAACUGCGAAAGGGGAAAAGAAACACAACUACAAGGAGAAAUCUACCAACGUAAUAGGCAUUUUCAACAUACCUCUCAGUAAUUAAUAGAUCUUGCAGAGACCAAAUUAUGAAGAUUAAGGACAUAGAAGAUUUAAGUAGUACAACUAAUCAGUUUGAUCUGAUGGAUGUAUACACAGACACAUAUACAUAAAACAUGUACCCUUCUGUAGGAAAACAAGCGUUUUUUGCAAACCAAAUCUGACAGUGUAUUCAAAGUAUAACAAAUGACAAAAAUGGAUUGAUCUCAGGAAGACAAGAUUGGUUUUUUAAUGUAAUUAAGAAAUGCAAUUUAUAAUGGGAACAAAAAAAUAUAUUCUAAGAAUAAAUUUUAAUAAAAGGAGGAAAUGAUUUUAAAAGCUUAAUGGACCUAAAUAAAUGUAGAGGAUGUAAUGGAUAACACUCUAUUACCUAAAUCUCAACUUUUUCUCCAAAUUGCAACUUCAAUAAAAUUUCCAGUGAUUUUCACUGUGGAACCUGAGAAGUUGAUUCUUCAAUAUAAACGGAAGAACAAAGGGCCAAGGCUAUCCAAGACCCUUCUGAAUGGACUGUGAGGGGAACUAGCACUACCAGAAUUCUAACACUUAACUGCCAAAGAUAGUGAUUAAAACAACGACUUUGGAGUAGGGGAACUUUAUAAAUAAGAUAGAAAAUGCAGACUAUUAAUUAAAAUAUAAGUAAUUUGGCUACAUUGAUCCCAAGUACUUUUAUUUACCAAGCAUGCCAUAGAGUGAAAAGAGAAGCCACAUCUGGAAUAAGAUACCAGUAUUCACAAUAUAUACAUAACUGCCAAAGAGCACCUGAAUGCAAAUCAGCAAUGGAAACAAAUCAGGAGAGAUGGACCCCAAACACAAACAGUCAUUUCACAGAAGAAACAGAAAUGGCCCAUCAGUGUAAAAAGAUGUUCAGUCUCAUUAGUUAUCAGGAAAUGCACAUUAAAACCAUAGAUACCAUUUCCUCGCUAACAACUUGGCAGAAAUUAUGGGAAGUCCGAGAAUAACAAUCUGAGAGAUUAUGACAACAAACCUUCACCUGCUGUUGUUGGCAUGUGAAUCUGUACUACUUUGGAAAACAGUAUUAUCUAAUGAAAUUGCAGACAGGCAUCUCUCUUAUAGCCUGCUAUUUACACUUAGAAAAAUUCAUGUGCAUAUGCACCAGGAAACAUGUACAGGAAUGUUUGUAACAGCAUUAUGUGUGAAAAUUGUAAGGAAUGAAGGAGAGAUCCAAAUGCCCAUCUACUGUAUAGUGAAUAAAUAAAGUGUAUUUAUGCAGUGGAAUUCUUUAGAGUGGUCAAGGGAUCAUAGCACUGUGGGCUUCAACAUGGAUGCAUCUCAGAACUGUCGUAUCAAGUGAAAGAAGCAAGUCAGAAGAAUAGAGCCAGCAUGGGUACCUUGUAUAAAGUUCAAAACCAGGAAAAACAAAGUAUAUUGUUUAGAGAAUCAUACACAAGUAGUAAAGCUGUAAAGGAAAGACAGUUAUUAAUGUUCAGGAACAUAGUUUCUUCAAGGGAAGGUAGUGGAGGGGCAUGAGAACAGAGGGGAGAACGGGGCUUGUCAGCACUUGAUAACACAAACCUUUGGGCCAUUCUAAACAUGCCAGUUCUCUGAGUUAAUGUAUAUUCGGUGCAAAGCCAAUUCAGAUAACCAACAGUAUUUGUUUAUAUAAUCUAAAAACUUAUGGAAGCAUAAACAGAUGAAAAUAGGAAACGCUCCAUUGAAAGUGAAAGAAAUGGAAGGAACUUGCUCUACCAAAAAAUAUGUCACUUUUUAAAUGCAGUUAAAGCAGUUAUGCUGGUGUAAACAGACAGUUAAUGGAAAGGUUUAGAAAAUAGAACUCAGAUCUAGAAUUUAGAGUACACUGAAGGCAGUUUGUUGAAGUCAUGCUGUCUCAUGGUGAGUUAUUUAAUGAAAGGUACUGGUGUAAGUAGAGAAUAUGAAACUGAUUCCUGUCAUAUUCACCAAGAGAAAUUCCAGAUGGACUAAAAGAAUGUCACACAAACUAGAAAAUAAUAUUUUUUCUUGGGGUUGGAGAAGUGCGUUCUAAGAACACAAGCAAUGAAGCAGAAAACCCUAUGUAAACUCACCUGCCUUUAAUGCCGUAGUGUGUACCACCGUGUGUGUGUGUGUGUAUACAUAGACAUACCUAUUUUAAAAUGUUUAAAUCUGAACAUACGUUACUAAUAAUAUAAAACAAAAAUAGAAAAUCAAAAAGGUAAAAAUUUAAAAAUACUGUUUGUGUUAUUUGUGGUUAAAAAACCUUUGCUCUUUCUAAAAAAUUUUUCUUUCAGAGAGUCAUGAUUAAAAAUGCUUGUCAUUUUUGAAAAUCCUAGUUUUAAUACUUUAUAAAAACAAUGUUCUUGUCUUAAGGUAAGUUUAUUUUAAUGCUUAGUUUUAAUGACUAUUGUAGCUGAAAACGUCACUUCAUUAAGAUCUGUGGAUCCAAAUAUGGCUGUGCUUACUGAAAACAUUUUGAGUUCCAUCCACCAAUUUUGCAAAAGUGUUGAAAUUUUUAUAAUAAAUUUUCAUCUUUUCCAAUGUCA